AUUUCGGAAGUGACGCACUGGUUUUGGUUGGUGCGCAGCAAUCUAGACGUAGAGAGAAGGGAAGAAAACAUCAGUAAAAAUCAAUCCAGACGUCCUGUUUAAACACUAACAUCUGAUACCAUGAACCCUGUUUACAGCCCUGCACCUUCAGGGGUCCCCUAUGCAAAUCCAAAAGGAAUUGGAUAUCCAGCUGGUUUUCCAAUGGGCUAUGCAGCUGCUCCUGGCUACUCGCCUAAUAUGUACCCUGGUGCAAACGCAGCCUUUCAGACAGGGUUCGCCCCAGGCACACCAUAUAAAGUCUCCUGCUCUCCCACUACUGGAGCAGUGCCACCAUACUCCUCAUCACCAAACCCCUACCAGACAGCAAUGUACCCGCUUCGAAGUGCCUAUCCACCACAGAACCCGUAUGCACAGCAAGGUGCUUACUACACACAACCUCUGUAUGCAGCACCGCCCCAUGUAAUUCACCACACAACAGUCGUUCAACCCAAUGGUAUGCCUGCGGCCAUGUACGCUCCUCCUAUCCCGCAGCACAGAGCUAAUGGUGUUGCCAUGGGCAUGGUAGCUGGGACCACUAUGGCAAUGUCAGCUGGUAUGAGCACUUUGUUGACAACCCAUUCCCCAUCUCCUGUAGCUCCUCAUCAAGUUACGAUGCCCACAUACCGGCCUCCAGGGACACCUACCUAUAGCUACGUGCCCCCGCAGUGGUGAUCAGUCUGGCAGUGUUUAAAGAUGGGAGAUAUGCAUUCAGUCGGGUAAUGUACACUUGGUGCUGAUGCCCAUAUGUCUCUGACCCAAGACUCCUUCCUUCCAAAAGAAAAACAAAAAAAACACAAAAAAAGAAGAAACUUCCAGUGCUCAACAUUUUGCCAAAAUUCUAGCAAAAACCCAAAUCAGUGAAGUCGUGGUAACCCACAACUGCAUAUCUUACAUCUUCCAACUCGGCCAUUACCGAAACAAAACAGAAAAAAUGGUCUUGAUGCAAAAUUGUGUUUUGUGUACUGUCUUGAAGUUUUAUAGCUAACCUAUAACAUAAAAAGGGAGUAUAAAUUAAUUAUUGGCUUUGUAUCUAGUUGAAUGCAUGUUUAAAAAAAAAAAAAAAUACAAUUGCUUGCUCAAUCUACCUGCAUUGACUGAUGCAAAACCGUCAUAUGCAAAAUCCAAAGGAAUUGAAGUUAAACAAAAUAAUUCUGCAACCCAGUAUCCCUGUUGCAAUGUUAAAAAAAAAAAGUACAUACUGAAACAGAGCAAUUGUGUAUAAGUGAAUUUCUAUAUGAUGAAAAACUCUCUAACUUUGGAUACUUAGUACAGUAUAAAUAUUAUACUUUGUUUGUUGUUGCUGGAGUUGUCAGUCCAGGUGGGCACAGUUUUUAUUUCACUGGGUGAUGUUACCAUUUAGAGUUUUUUGGAGGAUGCCUUUAAGGCAAACGGGGGUUUCUGUCUGGCAGGAUGUAUAUUAAGCCAGAACUGUCUUAGCAUUUACUUUUGUGUUGAUUUGUCAGUGUUAUGAAUGCAGAUGUUAGUGAUGUGUUGCUUGUAGGGUGGGAAAAAAAUAAAUAAAAAAAUACAUGGCCAGGUUUAGGACCUUGGAACAACAUGGAGCUGUGAAUGAUCCUGCCCAUUUUACUUUAUUUUCUUUGAAAUAUUGCAAAAGAAAUACUAAAACAGCCCUACAACAGAAAACAGUACGCACCGAGCCCAAAGCGAGACAAAUAUUGUAGCUGCUUCUGUGUUUUUAAAAUGAAGAUAAGACUUUUUUUUUUUUUUUUAUAGUCGGCCAGUUAAUUUUUAAGACUGAAACUAUUUAAAAAAUGUUUAAAAAAAAAUAUUAAAUGUUUACUUGUAAACAUUAAAUCCAAUUUUAUACUGGCAAUUUAAAUAUGCAUUAGGUGUUAAAGCUUUUAAUAUAUAUUGAAGAAUUGCCUAAUUUAUAGAAUAGAUUAAGAGACCAAUAGCUGUAGCUCUUGGGCUUUUUCUCUCAAACUAAAUCCAUUUGAAAAUUAAUUGUGAGUAUACAAAUUAAAACCACUUUUUAUAGCUUCUGGAUCUUAUUUCAUGGAUUGUAUCUAAAACCCCAAGACAGUGUGGGGCAAAAACUAAACAAGCAAUAUAACGUCUUAAUCUAGUCUAGCUGAUUUAGUGCUCUUCCCUAUACCAUACCUAAAAGUAGGAAUUUUAAAAUGGUAACCUCAAUCUGUGAUUUCUGUUUUUAUAUUCCCAAGUACCACAACAAGAAUAGCUGUCUACACAUCAUGACUUGCCAUUGGGAUCUCCACAACAUGGCUACAUGGUGUUCCACAAGGUUGAUGAGGAGCUAAUUGAAAGUUUAUUUUUCUUAAGGGGAACAGACAAUUUUGUUACAGUUUUGUUUGUGUGUUUUUACAUUCAGUUGAACGAAUCAGUCAGAAUGUUUGCCAGUUAAUGCUUUUAAGAACUAGGUCUUCAGGCCUUAAGCACUUCCAUAUAGCUCAUACAUCUAACUUCUUAUACAAGCCUUUAAUGAGGGAUAUAUUUAUAUGCAGCAGUUCACUUAAGUCGAUUGGUUUUACAUGAUGGUAGGUUAAGGUAUUGUGUGUAGUGUGUUUCCACAGUCUCAGACUAUUUCUUUCGCUAUUAACACUGUCUUGUUGUCACUAAUAGAGAGGCUGUCUGUAUGGCCCUUCGUGGUUUGACUGCAGCAUGGUUAGCAAUGUUUUGUGUGGAAUCUUACCCAGAAAUAUUGUCUGCAAUGCCUGCUAUGUGGAAUAUAGCAUGCCAGCCUGCAACAGGAAAAGGGGAAUUCUUGGAUUGUUUAAAAUAGCACAGGAAAAGUAUACUUUUACAUUAUUAUAAUUUUUUUUUUUUGUGUGUUUGUUUUAACUUCACAAAAUGGUGAGCAUUUUAUUUUUUUUUCAAAUUUAACUUAAUAUUAUCACAAUUUUUGUAGUUUGUGCUAGAUGGAUCUUCUGCAUGACGUAGUAAAGUGUUGUUCACAACCUAUAAAUGUAAACAGUCUGAUUUGCGACAAUCAAAAUAGCUUGAUAUCUGAGACUGCUAGAAAAUUGGGUCACAUUUUACUUUUACUAUUUGUUUUAUGAGACCAGUAGAGUACUUGGGGGAAAUUGUUCAAACAGUAACAAGAUACAUUAAGCAUUAAGUAUUUAAAUAUCAAGGUUUAGAAGGUCAGCAGGCAUUUCCUAUACAUGUAGCUGUACCAAAUGCAUCACUGAUCUCUUCAAGGCCAGACAACUAUCAUAGGGUUUCCUUAGCUGCAACAUCA